AAAACCCCAGUUCAGUGUUUCCUAUUCGUCUCUCGCCACCUCCUUCUCUCUUCAAACUUCUCGAACCCACCUUUCUGCAAUAAAAAAACAACAAGAAUCAAUCAAGUAGAACUCGUGUUUCUUGGAGUUUGUCCCAGAAAAGAAAAUGGACGUGAAUAACAAGGAUAAGGAGAAGAAGAUUGAGUUUACGUUCGAAGACGAUGAAGAUCUUGAAGACACCAGUAAGUACGAGAACGACAGCGACAACACUGAUCAAAGCGACCUUGGAGAUCUCCCUGGCGACGACGACAACAACAACGAUGAUACUUUCAUCUCCCAGGUUCAGUGGCCUCAAAGCUUUAGGGAAACGACUGAUUCUUACACCAUUGCUGCAUCACCAAUCUUCGGGUCUCUCCUGAGCAAUCCCAGUUUCUACACUCCGAGUUUCUACAGACAGAGCAAAAGUAAUCUGGAUGUUGAGUCUAAAGCCCCUUUGCUUCCUGAGAGAAACGAAGAAUCCGACAAAGCCUCAGUUACACAGUCAGUUUGGUCUCAUAAAGGCUCAUUCGCUGAAGAGUUGCCCAUUGGUGGCUAUGGCUGCAGCUUCACUCAAACAAUUUUCAAUGCGAUUAAUGUAAUGGCUGGAGUUGGACUACUCUCAACACCUUUUACAGUGAAAGAAGCUGGUUGGGCAAGUAUGUUGAUUCUUCUAUUAUUUGCUGUUAUAUGUUGUUACACUGCUAGUUUAAUGAAAGAUUGUUUCGAGGCCAAAACUGGCAUUAUCACUUAUCCUGACAUUGGAGAAGCAGCUUUUGGCAAGUAUGGUCGUAUUCUCAUCUGUGUGAUACUGUACACAGAACUAUAUUCAUAUUGUGUUGAGUUCAUCAUUUUGGAAGGUGAUAACCUUACUGGUCUCUUCCCUGGUACAUCCAUCGAUUGGCUUGGGAUCCGCAUUGAUUCCAAACAUUUAUUUGGAAUAUUCACUGCUCUAGUUGUUCUUCCAACUGUUUGGUUGAAGGAUCUUCGCAUCAUUUCCUACCUAUCAGCUGGUGGAGUUAUUGCAACUGUUCUGAUAGCAGUGAGCACUUUCUUCCUCGGUACAACGGGCGGUAUAGGGUUUCAUCACACCGGUCCUGCUGUGAAAUGGAAUGGGAUACCGUUUGCCAUUGGUAUCUAUGGAUUUUGCUACUCAGGCCACUCUGUGUUCCCAAAUAUAUAUCAGUCCAUGGCUGAUAAAACCAAGUUCAACAAAGCAGUGAUCACAACGUUUAUUCUAUGUGUUUUGUUAUAUGGAGGAGUUGCAAUCAUGGGUUAUUGCAUGUUUGGUGAAGCAACCUUGUCUCAGAUUACACUGAACAUGCCUAAGGGCUUGUUUUUCUCCAAAGUGGCUCAAUGGACAACGGUUGUGAGUCCGUUUACAAAAUAUGCUCUUUUGAUGAAUCCACUUGCAAGGAGUAUAGAAGAGCUAUUACCAGAAAGGAUCUCAGAGAACAUAUGGUGCUUUCUUCUUCUAAGAACAGCACUUGUUGCUUCUUCUGUUUGUUCUGCUUUCCUUAUACCAUUUUUUGGUCUUGUGAUGGCUCUGAUAGGAUCUUUUCUCAGUAUACUUGUGGCUAUAGUAAUGCCAGCUCUAUGCUUCAUAAGGAUAAUGGGUAACAAAGCUACAAGAACACAGAUGAUUCUGAGUUCAAUAAUAGUGGUGAUUGGGUUGGUGAGUGGGGCCUUGGGGACAUACUCUUCGGUUGCAAAGAUCAUUAGGAAUUAUUAAAUGAAGAAGGCCAUCAUAUAGUCUCUCUCCUUUUCUUUGAGUUUAAUGUUUAUGUUGAUGCGAGUAAAAAUCUUGAUUAAGAUUAGUUCGGACUUUUGAAGUAAUAAAAUUAGUGAAAUGUUUGUUUUUGUA